AUGGAAAGCUCACAGCGAGCGAGUGGGUCGGAGACACGGCCAUGGACCGAAGAAGAAGACCUCAAGCUCAUUGAAUGGAAAUCCAUGAUGGUAAGACCAGAGGAGCAGACACCGCGAUGGACCACCAAAGAAGAAGACCAGAGGGUUUUUGAAUGUCAAUGCAGAAAUCCCGAUCCAGAUAUCGCAACGCUGACAGGGCUGAGCGGGAGUGGCAAGAGUUGUAGGGAGAGGUGGAAUAACGAUCUGGAUUCUAAUGUCCAGAGAGGGAACUUCUCCCAAGAGGAAGACGACGCCAUCAUCUGCUUCCAGUCGCUCUAUGGGAAUUGCUGGGAAAGUAUAGCAGCUCAUCUUCCAGGGCGAACCGAUAAUGAUGUCAAGAACCGCUGGUACAGCCAUUUGAAGAAGCAGAUUUGGAGAAGUACAGAUGAGAAUAUUCUUGACCCACAAAGUAGCACCAGGGAUCAGCCACAUGCCACACAACUCUUUCAUCUCAACCACAAUAUUAAUCCAAACACAAGCUUAAGCUCGAUUCCUACACCAGUUUCAGCCUCACAAGAAAUCACCAGCCCUUGGUCCACUUCUGAACUAGCCUACCCAGAAUUUCCAGGGGAUAUCUUCUGA